AUGUCAGUUUCACCCACUGCUGUCUUCAUUCCCAAGAUCAUCAGUAAUCCACAAGAGUUGUAUUAUGAAUUUAGUAUCUCCAACGAAUCCAUUCCAACAAUCGCACAGCUGAGCUACUCCAGUGGACUUCAACGUCUUGUAUGGGACAGUAGUUACCAUGAAUGGCAUGUCAUGAGUUCUGUGCCCCGCGACGAAUGUGAUAAAUAUGGCCAGUGUGGUCCUAAUGCUAUUUGUACGGUUAGUGAUUCUCAGAUUUGCAGCUGUUUGACAGGAUAUAUGCCUAAAAUUUCACGAGAUUGGGGUAUGCUUAUUUGGUCUGGUGGGUGCAUUCGGAAAAACCCAUUGAAUUGUCUCCCAGGAGAAGGAUUUAUAGAGCUUGAAAGUGUGAAAAUGCCCGAUUUGUUGAAGUUUUGGGUUAACCCCAAUAUGAAACUGACACAAUAUGUUAGCCCGAAACUUUAUAUUCGGGUUGCAGCUUCAGACCUAGUUUCCAAAAAGAAAAAGAAGAUGGCAGUGGUGGUGGUAGUCCUGAUGAUCAGUGCACCAAUUGCAGUGGUGCUUGUCAUUGCCUCAUGUGUCAUUUGCAAGAAGAUCUCAGCUCGAGUGCCACCAAUACAGGACACUCAAGUAGGAGAUCAUGAAAACCUAGACUUACCUAUCUUCCAUAUUGUCAUUAUUGCGGAAGCAACUAAUAAUUUUUCUCAUACAAACAAGAUAGGAGAGGGAGGUUUUGGACCUGUUUACAAGGCAUGGAAACUAUGGACUGAAGGAAGAGCACAUGAGCUAAUAGAUCCCCUUAUGGAGGAUUCCCUUCCAAUGUCAGAAAUAUCGAGAUGCAUACAAGUUGGCCUUUUGUGUGUGCAGCAGCUCCCCAAAGACAGGCCAACUAUGUCAUGUGUGGUCCGAAUGUUGGAUAGCGAGAGUGCAAUGCUGCCUCAACCUAUGCAACCUGGUUUUUAUACAGAGAGAAGCCAUGUUGAGGCUGAAUCUUCAGUGUCUGGAAAAACUUGGUCAAUGAAUGAGGUGACCAAUUCUCAGUUAGAAGGUCGAUGA